UACACCAUGUCAGACUAUCAGGUUUUCCUCUGCCAAAAAGUCUUAAAAGGACAGUCCACCUUCUACCUUCUCUGGUGGAGCGAAACAAUCCAACGCGGUAAAGAGACCACCUUCCUUCUCUGGUGGAACGAUACAAUCCAACGCGGUAGAGAGAGAGAGAGAGAGAGAGAGAGAGACUUGUAUGCAAAUUACAAUAGGACAGAGAGAGAUGUCGUGCUCUUCGUCAUCAGAAGAAGAAGAUGAAGGAAUCGACGAUUACAGGAAGGGUGGAUACCAUGCUGUGAGACCUGGGGAUCCGUUCGCAGGUGGUCGAUACAUCGUGCAGAGGAAGCUAGGGUGGGGCCAGUUCUCUACCGUUUGGCUGGCCUUCGAUACCAAAUUCUCUAGUUUUGUAGCUCUUAAAAUCCAGAGAAGUGCAGCGGAUUUCGCUGAAGCUGCCCUCCAUGAGAUAGAACUUCUCACAGCAAUCGCCAAAGGCGACCCCUCGAAUUCCAAAUGCAUCAUUCGAUUGCUUGACCACUUCAAGCAUGUCGGCCCCAAUGGGCAUCAUGUUUGCCUGGUCUUUGAAUUCCUCGGUGACAGCUUACUCCAUCUAAUCAGGUAUAAUCGUUACAAAGGCAUUGAAUUGAAUAAAGUUAAGGAGAUAUGCAGUUGCAUCUUGUUGGCCCUUGAUUAUCUUCAUAGAGAGCUCGGUGUAAUUCACUUGGAUCUGAAACCAGAAAACAUUCUUCUUGUUUCGACCAUCAAUCCUUCAAAGGACCCUAUUCGUUCCGGGGCUUCCCCUAUCCUCGGGAGACCCGAGGGAAAUUCCAAGGGUGGAGUUGUGGCAAAUUUCGAUGAGAAGAAGCUAAAGCAAAAGGCAAGGAGAGCAGUGGCGAAGAUCUCAAGGGGAAGAGGAUCAACAGAGGAGAUUUCACAGAAGGGAAGGAGCUUAGAAGGGAUUGAUCUGAGGUGCAAGGUUGUAGAUUUUGGGAAUGCUUGUUGGGUUGGUAAGCAAUUUAUGGAUGGUAUUCAGACAAGGCAGUAUAGAGCACCUGAGGUUAUUCUUGGGGCCGGUUACUCCUUUUCUGUUGACAUGUGGUCUUUAGCUUGCAUCGCAUUUGAGCUUGCUACUGGUGAAAUGAUGUUUGCUCCGAAGAAUGGUGAGGGAUUUGACGAAGAUGAGGAUCACCUGGCUCUGAUGAUGGAACUCCUUGGAAAGAUGCCUCGAAAGAUUGCAACCGGGGGAUCUAGAUCGAAGGACUUGUUUGACAGACACGGUGAUCUGAAACGAAUCAGAAGGUUAAAAUUCUGGCCACUAGAUAGGCUUCUAGUCGAGAAGUACAAAUUCUCCGACUCUGAUGCACGUGAAUUCUCUGAGUUUUUGUGCCCACUUCUCGAUUUUUCCCCAGAGAAGCGACCAACAGCGGCGCAUUGCCUGCAACAUCCAUGGCUUAAGAACAGAACUCCAAGGCCAAACUGUGGAAAGGAAGAGUUGGGUGUGGAAGAGUUGGUGGUUGGGAUGAGAACGGUGAAGGUUAAGGUGGCCAAGUGAAGGGUUGAUUGGAUGUAUUGUCAUCUGCCACCCUUUAUGAAUCCUGUCCAUUUGGGUUGUGCUCAUGAUGUGUUUUAGGUUGUGUUUGGAUGCUCAAUCAAAUUGAAUUGCAAAAUCACCCAAAUGGAGCUAGCUCCAUUCUGUUUGUCUAACCAGCACAUAGCAAUUCAUAUUGCUUCAACUCCAACUUCAAUCACAUACUAUUGCAAUUAGGGGUUGUUCAUUAUUAUGCCCCACCUUCAUGUUAGUCAUUCCCUCUAUACUAGAUUGAAUAUUGCAAUUCAAUCUAACUGUACAUCCAAACACACCCUAAGACUAAAUUUUCAGUAAGAUUCAUUGUGAUUGAUUGACAGUUUAGCAUCAUCCAUAUUUUUAUCAGGAAGUGUCUGGAGUGUAAGAGAUAAAUCACAGAAAGACAUGCCUCCAGCCCCAUUGGUGGACUUUCGACCAACCGGCAUACACGAGAAACACACGUAUUAAAAUACAAUAUAGGACUGAAGAUGGUGUGAGUAUCAGGUUUGAGUGUGAAGGGGAGACAGUAAAGAAGCCCCCGCAACAUGCUUUUGUUGAUUUUAGCAUCCAUAAACCAUGUAUAUUGUCAUUUAGAAGGCAAUGUCUGCUCCUUUCUGGAUACCCUUGUGGAGACUUAAAAGGAGCUCUCAGUCAUAAAGGUUAUGUUAGUGCUUGUGCUUUUUCAGUC